AUGAUAAAUGUUGAUAUGGGGAAAAAUAAAAUGAUAUUUUCACUUCACACCACUUACAGCCGUGUAAGCAAAAUGAAGUGGUUAAUGUUGUUGGCAGGCCUAACGGCAGUCCUAGGCGCAGUGCCUAGAAUACCAACUACUCGUGACUUUGAACUGGAAGAGACGGACGGUGGUUAUAAUGUUAUCGCUGUAACAGACUCCAGCCGCCUUCUUCUUGGACAAAUUGGACGUAAGGUGAGCCCUGGUGAUGAGAAGAUCAGCUUGACCCUGACUGAAGGGCGCGACGCAGAGAGCGGCGGCUACAAGGUUACUAUUACGUGGGAGGGUCCGAGCGAUAGUGUAUUUGAAGAUUGCUUUGAUUUUGGUUCCAAGCAAUGGUACGGUGGGCCUGAACAAAAAGAGCAAUAUUGGCCAAUUCAAAACUCAAAAUUACAGAAAUACUCGAUUAUAUCUAAGGAAGAUGAUAACGCCGCUGUAUCCGAGAGGUACUGGGUCAAUUCUAAUGGAUGGUACAUUUACAUUCAACCAGAGGCUCCUUUGUUCGUUGAUUAUCAUAACGUCCUCGAUAACCACAUUUGUUUUAUAGCCGAAGUUACUGAACCAUACUCCACUAAACGUACACGCAACGUUCUGCAAUAUGACCUUUGGUUCUUCGACAAUGCUAAAAUCGCUCAUCAACACGCAGUAGACACCUACCUUGGCAAGCCAUCAGGUCUUCCUGACUACAGAAUGAUCAAAUACCCCGUCUGGUCCACUUGGGCAAGAUACUCUAGAGAAAUCGACCAACAGAAACUAUGGGAAUUCGCAAAUGAAAUCAACGACAGUGGUUUCCCAAAUGCUCAAUUUGAAAUUGAUGAUCUGUGGGAGAUUUGCUACGGUUCUUUGACCGUCGAUGAAAGGAAAUUGCCUGAUCUCAAGCAACUUGUUCAAGACAUUAAGAGUCUAGGAUUCAGAGUAACAAUUUGGGUACAUCCCUUCGUUAAUAAAGACUGCGAACCUUGGUACUCAGAUGCCUUAGCAAAAGGUUAUUUCGUGCUCAAUGAGGAAGGCAGUCCAGAUACGUCUUGGUGGAACAACAAUGGGUCCAUUCCUGCAUACAUCGACUUUACUAACCCCGAAGCUGCUGACUGGUUCUCAUCUAGAGUUCAGGAGCUUAUUGAAACAUAUGAUAUCGACAGUGUGAAAUUCGACGCUGGAGAGUCCAGCUGGUCUCCUCAAAUCCCAGUCCAGAAUGGUGAUAUUGACUUGCACCCAGGGCAUAUAGUUGAAGCUUACGUGAGGACCGUCGCUAAAUUUGGACCUAUGAUUGAAGUUAGAUCUGGAAUGAGGACUCAAGAUCUUCCCGUAUUCAUCCGUAUGGUAGACAAGGACACGUAUUGGGGCUUCAACAAUGGGCUCGCAACUUUAGUGACCACUCUGCUCCAAUUAAACCUGAACGGUUACACUUUGGUGUUACCUGACAUGAUCGGCGGUAACGGAUACAAUGACAAACCAUCGAAGGAACUUUUUGUAAGAUGGCUACAAGCUAAUGUCUUUAUGCCCACUCUGCAAUACUCUUUCGUACCUUGGGAUCAUGAUGAAGAGGCUGUAGAAAUCUGCCGUCGCUACACGCAGCUGCACGCGGAGUUCGCGGAUGAAAUCGUGGCGGCCAUGGAGCAGUCGGUGCUCACCGGCGCGCCCGUCAACCCGCCUAUCUGGUGGCUUGAUCCUACCGAUCAAGUGGCUCUGGCUGUUGGAGAUGAAUUCCUUCUCGGUGAACGUAUUCUCGCGGCGCCAGUGCUCGUGGAGGGUGCCGUGUCGCGCGACAUCUACCUGCCACGCGGUCUGUGGCGGGACGGUCACUCCGGGGAGCUCAUCUCGGGCCCCACAUGGCUUACGGACUACCCCGCACCUCUCGACAUCCUUCCAUAUUUUACACUUGAAAAACUAUGUAGAGACUUUAGUAGGUACAUAGAGGCGUACCAGAAAGUGAAGCGUCUUGGUAAACGUCGCCAGUCAGUGGAUAUUGAUGGCAGACCAGAAGUUAUGAAAAUAUUUGAAAGAGGC